AUGGACGAAAUAAGCAGACGCCGUGUUGCAGAAGCAACGGAGUGUAUUAGGAAGGCCGAAGCAUACCUGAAAACAUCGAUCAUAAAAAUGAAAUUCAAGCCCGAUUAUGAUAAUGCAGCAAUGGAGUACGACCGAGCGGCCGUUUGCUUCAAAAAUGCUUCACAAAUGGAACAGUCACGUGAUGCUUAUCUGAAAGCUGCUGAAAUGCAUAAGGAAAAUGGCAAUUUAUUUCACUGGGCGAAAUGUAAUGAAUGUGCAGCAACGAUCUGCAAGGAAAUGGGUGAUAGCUACGGUACACUGAAGUACAUGGAUUUAGCUGCGGAUGGAUAUGCUGAAUCAGGAAGUAGCGAUUCUUCGGCUAUGGCACUUGAUAAAGCUGCAAAAUGUUUAGAAGAUAUCGACCCUGAAAAGGCUAUUAUGGUUUAUCACAAAGCGCUAUCAAUGGUUCAAGAAACUGAUCGUUCGCGUAUGGCUGGUGGAUUUAUGAAUCGACUUACUAAACUGUAUUUGAAACUGAAACAAUAUAAAGAAGCAGCUAAUAUGAUUUGUGAAGAGAUCGAGAAAUAUAUGGAAGUUAAAGAAGCUGGGCGAGUGGGACAACUAACUGUUGCUCUCGUCCUUGUCUGGCUAGCAUGUGAUGAUCCAGUAUCAGCAACAGAAAGUAUCCAAAAAUCAUUCAAGUGUGAAGAAUUUGAAAUUUCCGAAGAAGCGAAGGUUUGCUGUGCAUUAAUUUCAGCAUUUGAAUCAGGUGAUAAUAGUCGCUUCCAACAGGUCCUCCAACAGCCAAUUUUGAGGAGUAUGGAUAAUGUGUUUCUACGUUUAAUGAAAGAAUUAAGAGCCUGCUCUGAAAUAAGUGAUGUGAAUGACAACGGUAACAGUGCUGACGAUGGAGAAAAUGAUUGUGAAGAUUUGAAAUAG